AUGCAUGUUACAUUUGUAUUGGUGUUGUGUUUGACAGCUGUUAAUUUAUGUACAGGAAUACUGGAUGUUAUCGUGGAAAAGAGCAAAGAAGCGUUAGUCCAAACAUCAGUGACACUAACAUGCGAUUACACGCCGCCUUCUGCAUUUCAGGAUAGAUAUUUUAUUCUCUGGCACUUCCAACCUGAAAUCGGAGGUUUUGAAGAAAUAAUCUAUGACGUCACAGAUGGUGGAACUGGUACUGGACAUAAUCAGUUCGCUGGUCGUACAUCCUUGUCAGGUUCACGUGCUAGUUUGACUAUUAGCAGACUUGAACUUGAUGACGCUGGUUCUUAUACCUGUGAAGUAGACUUUUAUAUUGCUAAACAAGAAGGAACUGGAACAACUGAACUUAAAAUACACAAGACGCCUGACACUGUCGACAUACUGGACUUCAGUCAUUCAGAAAUCGUAUCAGUAAAUGUCGGUGUUGACACUGAAUUUAGUUGCCAUGCAACGAAUGCAAAGCCUGCUCCGAUGAUAACUUGGUAUAAGAACGACGAAGAGUUGGAAAAUGCGAAGGGAUCUCACGUGACUGAACUAGAAGACGGUGCCUAUGAUGUCGUUAGCACCCUGACGCUUACCCCGGAAAAGAGUGACGACAAUGCGGUGGUGAAAUGCGAAUCUAGCCAGGAACCAGAUAUAAUGAGGGGUGUAGUGGACUCGGAUACAAUAUUCCUUAAUAUAAGUAAGCCAAUAUGUUAG